AUGCGUUUCAAAGACAUGGGUGGGUCAAUGGGAAAAAUUGGAAACCUCCUUAAGGAGAUCCAAAUCUUUGCCAAAGAUGGUAAAAUGUCCAGUGAUCGAGCUUUGAGGAAGCAGCAGCAGUUAAACAACCUUGUUUAUGUCGUGGCAAAUCAGGCCAAACCUGGUGACAGAAUUGUGGAUUUCUGCAGCGGCGGGGGCCAUGUUGGAAUUGUCCUUGCUCACAUACUGCCAUCAUGCCAGGUUACAUUAAUAGAAAACAAGGAAUUAUCAUUAAUUCGUGCUAAGAAGAGAAGUGAUGAACUAGGUUUAAGCAACAUUUGGUUCAUUCAAGCAAAUAUGGAGUAUUUUACAGGGAUGUUUAAUAUUGGGGUGGCACUGCAUGCUUGUGGAGUGGCAACAGACAUGGUGAUUGAGCACUGCAUCAAAACACGGGCUUCCUUUGUCACAUGCCCUUGCUGUUAUGGUUUCAUUCAGAACACCUCAAAAUUUAAUUUUCCCAAAAGGUGA